GAAGAAGAAAAGUGGAGGGUUUGGACAUUGAGACAAGAAGCAGAAAAAUAAGCGGAGCAACGGAAGGGUCCAGGGACAGUUGGUUGACAGCGUGUUGGCACCUGUCUGUCUUUUUUUUAUUUGAGUUCUUGUCUGAAAAUCUAAAAAGCCUCUCUCUCUCCGGUACAGAGGCUACGGACCACAUACACAACAACACUAGUAAGCAAUGGAGCAAAGGGUAUAGAAAUUAAAGAAGAAGAAGAAGAAAAGAAAUAACAUGUCGUUAUCUUGUGGGAUGGAGUGUGUGGUGUUGGUAGGUUGCAGCCGUUGGGCAUGGAAGCGCUGCACCUACAUAGGGUCAGAUGAUAGCAGCAGCUGGCCGCUGGCCACCCCGGAGGAGUUCGAGCCCAUUCCUCGCGUCUGCCGCCUCAUCCUGGCCGUCUACGAAUCCGACCUCAACCACCCACAGUACUCCCCACCAGGGGGGUACAGGGUGAAACCAGAGUGGGUUGUGAAGCGUGUCACCUACGAGCAAACCCAGGGCCACGCCCCUCCCUACCUCAUCUACGCCGACCACGACAACCAUGAGAUCGUGCUGGCCAUCCGGGGUCUCAAUCUCGUCAAGGAGAGCGACUACAAGCUCCUCCUUGACAACCGCUUGGGUAUGCAGAUGUUCGACGGGGGCUAUGUUCAUCACGGCCUCCUCAAGUCCGCCACUUGGCUGCUCGCCCAAGAAUCCGAAACCCUAGAGCGUUUGUGGGUGGACAAUGGGCGUUGCUACAGGAUGGUGUUUGCGGGACACUCACUGGGGUCGGGCGUGGCGGCCUUGUUGACGGUGAUCGUGGUCAAUCACCGCGACCGCCUUGGAGAUGUUCCCAGGAGUCUCGUAAGCUGCUAUGCGUUGGCCCCCGCCAGAUGUAUGUCCCUCAAUUUGGCCGUCAAGUACGCCGAUGUUAUUCAUUCUGUCAUCUUGCAGGACGAUUUCUUACCAAGGACACCCACCCCCUUGGAAGAUAUUUUUAAGUCAAUUUUUUGCUUGCCCUGCUUAUUAUUUGGGGUUUGCCUGAGGGAUACCUUUAUUCCAGAAGGUCGGAAGCUUAGAGAUCCCAGAAGACUAUUUGCACCUGGCCGCAUGUAUCACAUUGUAGAAAGAAAGUUUUGCAGAUGUGGGAGGUAUCCACCAGAGGUCAGAACUGCCAUUCCUGUUGAUGGAAGGUUUGAGCAAAUCGUUUUAUCAUGCAAUGCCACAUCUGAUCAUGGAAUUAUUUGGAUUGAAAGAGAAGCAGAUAAGGCUUUACAAAGAAUGAAGGAGAUGAGCUCCGAGACCAGAACAACUGCUCCAAAAAUACAGAAACUAGAGAGGUUACAGACAAUUGAAAAAGAACACAAAGAUGCAUUGGAAAGAGCUGUGAGUUUGAAAAUACCUCAUGCCACGACCAACACAGAAGAUAAGGAGGAAAGCUCACUGGAGAAGAGUGCAGAAGCUUGCCAGGAUGAGAUUGAAGAUGCCUCACAAAGUAAAUCAGCACAGACUGGUAGAGAAACCAGCUGGGAUGAAGUGGUUAAAAAGCUUUACAAGAGAAAUGAGUCUGGGAAACUACUUCUAAAGAGUGAUACAGACGCCCCCAAAUAAAAGCCCCUUUUACCAAUUAUAGGGUCUUUCUACCGGGGGUACAUUAGAAUUAAGAGAAUCAAUCUUGGUCGUUCAAUAUAAUUGGUAAAAACUAUUAUAUUAUGAUUUAACCUGUAAAUACAUUUAUUUCAUGGAGGUAUACCAUUGGUUUGCAGUUUGAAGGAAUACUAUUCCUGUGUAUUUCUUCUGGUGGUCUGUAAAGAAUAAUGUCAGGAUUGCAUGCAAUACGUUAAUGUAAAAAGAGCCCCGUUGUUUUUCAAAAAUAAAAUUCUAUAUUGAUAUGA